GAGAGCAUCCGUGUUCUGCUGACCGUUUGUUUUACUGCAGGUAAUACACGCAGGAACUGUCAGCCGUGACAGACGGGAGCAGAAGACACGUGGAAGGCAGUGGACAUUGAGAUGACCAUGCCGGGAAACCGUAGCAUCACCUGAGAGUUGAAUCUGUGAGAAGGAGCAGAACUUCUGAGGUUUUCCCUGACGUGUGUUUCACCAUUUUUACUCUGAGCUCAGGAAACCUGAAAGAAAACCAUCAUGGCUGUGAACAUCCCAGGAGUGAUAGUGAUGCUACUUUUUUAUCUGCUGAUCCUUGCAACUGGCAUCUGGGCUUCCUUCAAAUCCAGGAGGGAGCAGAAGAAAAGCAAAGCUGGAGAACUGGAGAUGGCUCUGCUGGGGAACCGUAGCAUCCCAUGGGUGGUAGGGAUUUUCACCAUGACAGCUACCUGGGUCGGAGGAGGCAUGAUUGUGGGAAUAACCGAGAUGGUGUACACUCCCAACAGGGGGCUAACGGAGGCAGUCAUAUUGCUCUUUGCCUACAAAGUAUCUUUUAUUUUAUGUGGUCUGGUGUUUGCUAAACCACUGAGAGAACUGAACUGCGUCACCAUGAUGGACCCUUUCCAGUUCAAGUAUGGGAAAGUGCUGACAGCUGGACUGUCCUUCUUUGCUCUAUUUCUUGACAUCAUGUCCACUCCUACCAUACUAUUUGCUCUAGGCGGAACCAUAAGUGUGGUCCUGGACUUGUCUUUUACUGUGUGUGUCUGGAUCUCUGCUGCUGUUGCCAUCUUAUACACACUGCUGGGAGGUCUCUACUCUGUGGCCUACACUGAUAUUAUACAGCUGAUCCUUAUGUUCAUCAGUUUGUGGCUCUGUGUUCCCUUUGUUCUGAUGAACCCCAGCUGCUCUGACAUUGGUCAAACACUGAUGAACAACACCUUACAUGUUCCUUGGAUUGGAACAAUGGAACUGAAAAAGACUGGGCUCAUUAUUGACGACUUCCUCUUCUUUGCUCUUGGAAGUUUGGCUUAUCAGUGUCUCCACCAGAGGACGCUGGCCGCCUCUUCUUUAGCCACUGCCAGGAUCACCAGUACAGCUGCUUCAGUCUUCCUUCUGUUCUUUGAAAUUCCUCCUGUGCUGCUCGGAGCAGCCGCUGCAUCUACAGACUGGAACCUGACGUCCUACGGUUCUCCUUUUCCAUACGAGCGCGGGGAGGCUGCUCUGGUCCUGCCCCUCACCCUGCGGCACCUGACUCCAUCUUUCGUCUCCAUCAUCGGUACUGGAUGUGUGGCUGCUGCUGUGAUGUCAUCAACUGAUUCUAACUUAAUUUCUGCAGCUUCUAUUUUCACCUCCAACAUUUACAAGAACAUCCUGAGGCCAAAGGCAGCAGACAGAGAGAUUCAGUGGGUGAUUCGUGCUACUGUCCUAGUGGUAGGUGUGAUUUGUACAUCGCUAACCCAUUUAACAGAAAGCAGUCUGUUCUUCUGGUUCGUUGGGGCAGAUGUGGCCUACAUUGUAGUCUUUCCUCAACUGGUCUGUGUUCUAUUCUUCCAAAUCUCCAAUGGUUAUGGAGCCGUCUUAGGAUUUGUGGUGGGAGUGAUGAUGAGACUCCUCAGUGGAGUCCCAUUACUAGGACUUCCAGUUGUCCUCCCCUUCCCAGGAUGUGUCCUUGAGGAUGGGGUUUAUGUCCAGUACGCUCCAGUGAAGACCAUCUCCAUGCUGUCUGCCAUGGGUUCCAUCUUGUUGUUCUCCUAUCUGACAUCUGUGCUCUUCAACAAAGGUCUGCUUCCUGAGAGGUGUGAUGUGUUUAAAGUGAUCGUGCAGUCAUCUCAGUCACAAACACUGAAUCCAGUUCAUGGUACUGGAAAUGAAUGCGAAGCUGAGUCACUCACUAACAAAUGCACACAGACCAAGGCUUAAAAUCACUGACUGUAGUCGUUUGUAUGUACAAGAUGCUGUCGUUGUUUUCUGUUUAGUUAUUUAAAGAUCACAUUGAUGGAGUAUUUCAAGAUUUCUGUGAUCCUCAGAAGGCAAUUCAAGUCAAGGUGUUGUUGAAUAUUAUCAUCAAGUUGUGUCAAUGUACUGAUGGCAGCAGCUUCUAACUACGGUCGACAGACCAACAAACUUCACGCACGGUGACCAUAAAUGGUAAAGGACAGUUGGUGCCUCCACUUCCUCUGGUGUCAGAUGUACUUCAUCACAGUCAACGUAUGAGUAAUGCAUUACUCAUGAAUGUGUAAGGGCCUCCUUAAAGUGUGUUGUUGGGUUUUCUUUGGUUGACAAUAGAUUUAUUCAAUCACCAACAAGUAUCCCUGCUGCUUUAU